GAAUAGACACUCGUAAUGACGUUUUUACCGGCUUUGAAUCAACGAGUCAUGUCUUCUCUGAGACAGGCUAUUCCCAACAGACCGCUCGCAGGAGCACUAAGUCCUCUAAUGAUUUUUCUGGGCCUUACCGGGAUGAGCAACGGCCAAUUUGGUGACUGUGAUUAUGAGCAAACAAUAACUCCAGGAAAAUCUUAUUACAUAUUCAGCUCAAAUUACCUAGGUGGGGGUACAGCCAGAAAUCCUUGCCGGUGGAUCGCUACCAGUGAUCGGCCGAUUAAAAUGACUUGUAAUCCCUUUUCGUUGCCUGAGGAGUCUCCAAACUGCCAGACUGAUGUUGUUAUUAUUCAAACAUCUCAAAAAAGUCGGGGUAAGCGCUACUGUGGCACAGGUUCCUUCGAUGUUUAUUCUGAAGAUGGUAAUAGCAUAAUUGUCUCAUCUUUUUCUUCUGUCGGACGAUUCUACUGUACUCUUGAAAUUGUUAGUGACAAUACUGAGUGCAGCUGUGGCUGGAAAAAUCCGACAAGAAUCGUUGGAGGAAUAUCCACUGGUGUUAAUGAGUAUCCGAUGAUGGCAGGACUUAUUGAUGUGAUAAACCAAAAUGUAUUCUGUGGAUCUACUAUUAUAAAUGACCAGCAAGUGUUGACAGCUGCACAUUGCGUCAAUGGAAGAAGUCCCAACACCGUUGGUGUUUUAAUCGGCGAUCACGAUAUUUCUAAAUCGACUGACACCAACGCAACAAAGUUGUACAGAGUAGCCAGUAUCGUCAUACAUCCGUCAUUCUCCACCGUUACUCUAGAUUAUGACAUCGCGGUGAUCAAUAUCGAUGGUACAAUGAUGUUCAACCAACAAGUGGGCCCUGUUUGUCUUCCUUUCCAGCACUCUCCGGACACUUUUGCAGGAAACUACGUCGACUUACUUGGUUGGGGAUCCCUCAAUGUCGCCGAACGACAAUCUCCCGUCCUGCAAAAGGUGAAGGUUAGUGUCAUCACAAAUAAAAUUUGCAUGGGAACGUAUCGCGGAAUCGGAUCAAGGCAGCUCUGUACACUUACGGAAAACAAAGACAGCUGUCAAUUUGACAGCGGUGGUCCCGUUUUGUGGCAAAAUCCUACCAAUAGAAAAAUUGUUCUUAUUGCGAUAAUCGGCUACGGCAGUUUGUGCGCUGAUGGAAGACCUUCUGUUAACUCUAGAGUUGGAGCUUUCAUAGAGUGGAUAAGAACACAAACUCUACAAGGUUACCGAUAUUGUGAAGAAGAAUUGGUUACCAUUGAUGAAACUUUCGAAUUUAAGGAAAAAUCCGGUCCUGCAUGUCUUCCUUUUCAACAUUCUUUCGAUACAUUUGAUAAAAAUCAAGUUCAAUUCUUCACACGGAGUUUUCUGGAGUUCUUCAUUAAUCAAGUGGACAUUAUAAAGCAAGUGAAAGCCGGGGGUAGGAUAGAAACUUUUCAAGAGUUCAAUGACGAUGAUUUGCCGACACAGUUAUGUGUGGUUGGAAUCAACAAAACUGCUGGUCAGAUUCAGUCUACAAUUGAAGAAAGAAGGUAUCAGGCCACGGUGAUUACGAUGAAUAGUCUAGUGUGCUCAGUGAUAUCACUUUCUUUGCUGUGGUUUCUGCAGAGUGUUUCAGGAAUUGUUAAUAAUAAAUUCGGAGCUUGCGAUUUUGAGCAGCCAAUUUUAUCCGGUUGGAAGUAUCCUAUUUAUAGUCCUAAUUAUCCUGCGAAUUAUCCACCAGGAACAAAAUGCCGAUGGAAAGCGAAAAGUGAUCAGCCAAUACAAAUAACCUGCAUGAUUUUCUCAAUACCCGAGAGUCCUAAUUGUCGUGAUGGAUAUCUCAGCAUUGAAACGUAUUCAAAACCAGUACAGCGUUUUUGCGGAGCGCGCAUGUUUAGCAUUGUUUCUGAAGAAAAUGAAAUUGAUGUAAGAUUAAUAAGCUCACCGGCAUCAGAAGGUGGAUAUUUUUUAUGUGCUGUAAAACAACUCAAUAAAGUUGUUGUUACGAAACCGGUGACCAAUGACUGUAGAUGUGGUUGGAAGAAUCCAACUAGAAUCGCCCACGGAAAUGAUACUGGUGUCAACGAAUACCCGAUGAUGGCGGAAAUUACUACUUCUGUUCCCAGAGUUCAGUGUGGCGCGACAAUUAUCAAUGAUAAACAAGUCAUAACUGCAGCUCAUUGCAUCCACAACAAUGUUCCUGGAGACAUUGGUGUUUUGGUAGGCGAGCACGACUUAUCGAUAAGAGAUGAAACUAAAGCAACAAAAUUAUUUCGUGCAAGAUCAUUUAUAAUCCAUGAAUUAUACAAUGAAAAAAGUCUGGAUUACGACAUUGCUUUGAUAAAUAUUGAUGGUACUAUUACAUUUUCUCAAUUAGUAGGCCCUGUUUGUCUACCGUUUAAACAUAACCGCAAAUAUUUUGAAGGCAAGACUGUGGAGAUAUUAGGUUGGGGUAGUCUUGGUUCAAGUGAUUCGGCAUCUAACAUACUUCAAAAAGCUGAAGUAAAAGUAAUUUCCCCGGAAGGUUGUUCUGAAGCAUAUCUAAAUCGAAUCGGGCCCAGACAAAUUUGUACUUUAGAUGAGACAAGAGAUAGCUGCUCGUAUGAUAGCGGCGGCCCCGUGCUAUGGCGCAACCCUAAAACAAGAAGAGUGGUUCUAGUUGCAAUUAUUGAUUAUGGCAUGGUUUGUUCUUCUGGAAGUCCAUCCGUAAAUGUUGACGUCAGUUACUACGUUGAUUGGAUUGUAUCAAAAAAACCACCAGAAUGGCAAUAUUGUACAUCGGAGUAGUAGAAAUUAUUAAAUAAUCACAACCUAUGCAAGUAAUGGUUUCGUGCUUCUAUAACAAGAGAAAUAGCUGUGAUAAAUCAUUUUUUUUUAUUUUAUUGGAUAAUUUACUCAGAAAUUCAUCUUUGUCUCAUUCAAUAAUGUAAACUUAAAAACUAAUACAUACGCAAUAAAAAAUUUGU